CCUGGAAUGCUGAUUUUCUCCCAUUUUCCAUCAGCGGAGCUAUUAGGGAGUGGAAGCUACAGACGGAAAACAACCCCUUCCCUGUGUUGUCAUUACAGCUUAAAAAAACUUGUGUGUCUGCUAAAACUUCUGCUUAGAAAUAGUAGUAUUAAAACUCUUGAAAUCAAGUUCCUCUUGUAUCUUCAUCCCUUCCAGUUGAACAGGGUUUGUGCAACACUUGAUAAAUCCAAAGCUUGGGUUUUCCUGGCUGAAAUUAGAAUAUAGGGAGCUAUAUUUGAAUUUCUCUGAUUUUGUGUUUUUCCUCAUUUCUAGUUGAGCACUUUACACCUGAAGGAUGAAAAAACCAAACCAGAUGCCAAUGGUGCCGUUGUCAAGGCAGAUGACAAUGUGGAGAAGACGGAGGAUGAGGAGAAGGAGGACAGAGCUGCCCAGUCCUUACUGAACAAGCUGAUCCGCAGUAACCUGGUUGACACCACAAAUCAAGUGGAGGUGCUGCAGAGGGACCCCACAUCACCCCUCUACUCUGUCAAGUCUUUCGAGGAGCUGCGCCUGAAACCACAGCUCCUGCAAGGAGUCUAUGCCAUGGGCUUCAACAGACCAUCUAAGAUCCAAGAGAAUGCCCUGCCCAUGAUGCUUGCUGAACCCCCGCAGAACCUGAUCGCGCAGUCGCAGUCCGGUACUGGCAAGACCGCUGCCUUCGUCCUGGCCAUGCUCAGCAGGGUUGAGCCUGGGAACAAGUAUCCACAGUGUUUGUGCCUUUCCCCAACAUACGAGCUGGCACUUCAAACAGGAAAAGUGAUUGAGCAGAUGGGAAACUUCUACCCGGAGCUGAAACUUGCAUAUGCUGUCCGAGGCAACAAACUGGAGAGAGGGCAGAAGAUCUCAGAGCAGAUUGUAAUCGGCACACCUGGCACCGUGCUGGACUGGUGUUCCAAACUGAAGUUCAUCGAUCCCAAGAAGAUCAAGGUGUUCGUGUUGGAUGAGGCAGACGUGAUGAUCGCCACCCAGGGCCACCAGGACCAGAGCAUCCGCAUUCAGAGAAUGCUGCCCAGGGACUGCCAGAUGCUCCUGUUUUCAGCCACUUUUGAGGAUUCUGUGUGGAAGUUUGCUCAAAAAGUUGUUCCUGACCCAAACAUUAUCAAACUGAAGCGUGAGGAGGAGACCCUGGACACCAUCAAGCAGUAUUAUGUUCUGUGCAAUAACAGAGAUGAGAAGUUCCGGGCUCUCUGUAACAUCUACGGCGCCAUCACCAUCGCCCAGGCCAUGAUCUUCUGCCAUACUCGGAAGACGGCGGGGUGGCUGGCGGCGGAGCUGUCCCGGGAGGGCCACCAGGUGGCCUUGCUCAGCGGGGAGAUGAUGGUGGAGCAGAGAGCUGCCGUGAUCGAGCGCUUUCGGGAGGGCAAGGAGAAGGUGCUGGUGACCACAAACGUCUGUGCCAGAGGGAUUGAUGUAGAGCAGGUCUCCGUUGUUAUCAAUUUUGACUUGCCUGUGGAUAAGGAUGGAAACCCAGACAACGAGACCUACCUGCACCGCAUCGGCCGCACCGGCCGCUUUGGCAAGCGAGGGCUGGCCAUUAACAUGGUGGACAGCAAGCACAGCAUGAACAUUCUCAACAGAAUCCAGGAACAUUUCAACAAAAAGAUAAAUAAAUUGGAUACUGAUGACUUGGAUGAAAUUGAGAAGAUAAAUAACUGAAAUAGCUGCUGGAACUGGUAUGUGCCCUGCUGUGGAAGCUCUCCCACUACAAUUGGAUCAGCGUUUGGAUUGGCACAGCCUCUCAGCUCGUCCUGAACAGGACUCCAAGAUAUGAGUACACAAAAAUUACCUCAUUUUCAAAAUUGCAGUUGGACUUCAAAUUGUGCAACUAUGGGGAGGAAGAGGAAAUGUUUACAGAAGCUUUUAACAUUUCUUAGUUUAGCCUUAAAAUUGGAUGAUCUUUGGAAUUCUGAGAAAUACACUUGCCAAAAGAGAGGCAAUAGGGAAUUAUCUAAAAUUGUAAAAGAAAAAAACCCCAUGAUUGUCUUCAAUUGGAAUAAUGUGCAGCAUUAACCUGAUCAGUUUAAAUUCAACAGCUGAAUACAUAAUGGACACAAGGAAAGGAAAAAAAAAAAAGAAAACCUAAAAACCCCAAACAAGGCAGCUGGUUUUUGGCUAAAUACUUGUACAAACUAGGAUGUCGUUCUCUUUGGCUCUCCCCUGAGCUCUUUAAGACUCAUUUCUGGCUUUCUGAUGGAUUUGCCCUGCUUUUCCCUACAUAAAUUGUUCUGAGGAUGUCUCCAGUAGCUCCUACUCGCAAACAUAGGUGCCGUGUCGCUUUGCUGGGCAGUAUUUUCUUUUCCUUUGUCCUGGAAUUUUUGGGAUGGCCGCUCUCCGUGACAUGGGUGGUGGUGACGCUACAGGAGUUCAUCCCAAGUGUUUAACCUGGCUGUGGUGUGGGUGGGUGGGGUGGGAGGGGCAGUAUGAAGGGAACUGUACUAAUGGAUUGCCUGAUUAAAUUCACCUCUGUGAAUGAAAUUCACCCUGUGAUUAAAUACACCGUGCUGUGAAGCUCAGCACGGGUAAUGUACAGAGCUGUUGAGCUUCACCCAUCACGUACAGGAUUAAAAGAUAGCCUGGAUUGACCAAAACAAUGUACCCUUAGAACACCAAAUUCACCUGUUGCAGUACGUUUCGGUAGCAGAGUCUGAGUUACAUUGCUCAGCCAAAUUGCAGGUGGGAGGUGCUCCAUAGUGUAAAAUAGGUUGUUGGUCCCUGCCCCGGGGUGUUCCAUGGAGAAGGAAGGAUUCACAGCUCCUGGAGUGUUGACGCCUCCUGUGUGUUGGGACCACUCUUGUGCACACAGCUGGACACUGGGGGCUGUUCCCCCAGCCCAGUCUCCAGGAGAAGGAGGCUCCUGAACCAGGACUUAGGGUGCACAGCUCUUUGUUGGGGGGAAAUGGGACGUGCGUGAGCAGCCAUGGGCCUGCUACUCAGCAUGGGAAUCAUGUCAAGACAAAUGUAUAAACUGUAAAUUUAAACUGAAGUGUUUUCUUUGCAAUUUUGGCCAUCAUAUUCUGUUCAAAGACAGGAAUAUGGAUCCUUUUACCAAGUAAAAAAAGGCUCAUUUAAAAUGUACCUAAAAUUUUAGGAAAUUGUGCACCCUUUUAUCAAUUUGUAUAAAGGCUUUAGUGAAGAAAAAAAAACAGCUUAAAAUUAAACUUUUUGUAUUCUGGGGUGUAUCUAUUUUUAUUCUGUUGGAAUCCUAUUUAAAGUGGCAGGUGAGUGAGUGCUUGCGUGUGGAGUGGAAGACUUGAUUUAAUCACCUACUUUCCUGGUACAGUUGAAUGACCUGGUGACAGCAGAGUAUUGGGUUCAAUUGUCAUGGAAGCUGCUGCUGGUCCUGUGUGCUGUUUCUAAUGUACUUUUAAUUGGAAUUAAAGAACACAUACUGAACAAUCCC